AUGCACGGUCUGCAACUAAUUCUGCUACUCAGUGUUUUGACAUGUCUCAAACAAGCUGCAUGUGGAAGUGACAUCAUUGGUGGGGAGAAAGUCCCAAGGAAGUCAAUGUUGUAUGUGGUCUCAGUGCAAAACAAAAGUGGUCAUAUAUGUGGAGGAUUUCUGAUCACCGAAGACUUUGUUGUCACUGCUGCACACUGUGACAAUGAAUACCCCACACACGUUGUUCUCGGUAACCACAAUCUCAACAAAGGCCAAAAAAUAAGUAUCAAUAAAAAAUUCAAGCCUAGAUUUUAUCUAAAUGUUUUACUGGGUGACGACAUCAUGCUCCUAAAACUUUCUAGAAAAGCUCAGCUAAGCGACAAAGUAAAAAUAAUUCAACUUCCAAAUGCUAAAAUAAACCUAAAAGAAAACGAAGUGUGCAAAGUGGCUGGAUGGGGAAUAACAGAAAAUGGUGCUCUAACCAAUAUACUGAGGGUGGUGGAUGUACCUGUCAUAAACAAGACAGUCUGUAGGAAACAAUAUUCUGUCAAAAAUAUACGUCUGCCCACCAACGUUAUCUGUGCAGGUGGUUACCCCACACACAAGGGAUUCUGCCUGGGUGAUUCAGGUGGUCCUCUGGUGUGCGCAGGAUUAGCUGUUGGUAUUGUUUCUUUUAACAAAGGCAAGUGUAACUACCCUAAAACACCCAAUGUUUAUACAGACAUCUCAAAAUACCUCCCGUGGAUCAAUGCAAUUCUGAAAAACCCAAAUAGUUAUUUGUAA